AUGCCAAGACCACGAAAUUUUUGUUUGUACGGCAUUCCUUUGGUUGCUGCUUCCGUGUUCUCCAUUUUCUAUUCAUUCUACGCUUUUGACUAUCACAACGACUUUUGCUUGGAAGCACAGAAGGCCGUGACGGUGCCAGCCAUAUCUACCAGUGAGGUACUAUCGUCACCACGCCAAAUGGCCAAGUCAGCAUCUUUCCAAGGCGAAUGCCGCUCGCUAGCCAACGGUGGUCCAGUUAGUCUCGUUUGGGCAUGGAAUGAUCCACCCUUGUUUCACGCCAUGAAGACCACAAUAGAUGGGCUUACAUCAGGGUUGUCGGGUAUUCGAGUAGUUAUAUACUGUGGCUCAACCGCAUGUGUUUCGGCAGCACACAAGGCUGUCCUUGAACUCCCACCACAGGCGACGUUGAUGUCAUCCUGUAUCAGCAUCCAGUACAUAAUUGCCCCCCAGUUGGCCGAAGACUCACCAUUUGAAGAAUGGAUUGGAGAUCAUGUCUUGGCAAAGCUCUUGUCGGCAAUUUACUUUGAACAGACCCUUCAAGUUGUGAUGCAGCUGACUGUGAUCUGGAAAUAUGGUGGUAUGGUGCUCUUGCCGGGGUUCAACGUGGCGUUUCCCUCUAUGCUCGAACUGACGGCUAAAGAUGGCGCCACACUCAUGACGGCUGCUGACAUGGGCCUAGUCAAGCCAGGAGUUGGCGGGGGUCUCUAUGCAGUAGCGGCGCCACCGAAAGAUGCAAUGAUCAAGUCUCUUAUGGAGGAGAUGCUAGUAAUGUACAAAUGGCCAAAUUACGUUGCAUCGGACUGGCCGGUACGAAGCCAAUGGGACAUCCUGUGUGCACGACAGAGUAGCUGUCUUGCUGCUCAGCGACCCCUACAAGAUAUAGGAAUAAGAACAGGAAAUGAGUCUACAGUGGAGCAUCAUCCUAAGAGACACUUUGGAACACUGAGCUACCAGGCAAGAAGACAUGGGACAAAGGCAUACCCUAGCAUGAAUCAAGGCGACGAGAUGCAAGGGUUGGCGGGUUUGCAAUUUCUUCCGCGCCUCGACGCUUUUGUGGACAGAGACCGGCUUGACGUGGUGAAAUUGAUUGACUCCGCCGACUUUUCCGCCACAGGUGAAGUCACCCCUCAAUCCCCGUCUCAACCUGCUUUGACACAAACAACACUGUUUCUAAAUGCUUGGUGGGGGAUUCCAAAUUGGGUCUGGCCGCCACCUGAAAAGCUUGAGCCUAUCUUUGUCUCAAUGCAUCUCAACAAUAACAAAAACAAAGAUGACGUAAAGAGAUCAAAAGGAUAUCUCAACCAAAAUUGGCCUAUUGGAGCACGAGACUCAAAGACGCACGAUUUUUUUCAGUCCAUCGGUAUCCACUCAGUUUUUACGGCGUGCAUGACAAUGACUCUUUUGCCAACUUGGAGUGAGCAACGUGCUUUGAUGGAACAAAGCGAUGAAGUGUUGCUUGUAGACGUGAAUAGAGAAGGUCUUCAGCUGCUACCAGACCACAUCAAGUCAAGAGCCGUGACCCUGUCAGCAAAGCUUAAAGACCCAAAUGUUAUAGAUGACAUGGUGGCACGAUACGUUGAAGCUCAUGCUAUGAAGGUUCGCUUGCAAAAAGCCAAGUUGGUCAUCACCCAGCGGCUGCACAUUGCGUUGCCAGCUGCUUCCACAGGAACGCCCGUGAUUUUGAUCAUUGACAAUGAUAUGCCUGGGGGUGGAGGUGAUCGCUUCAGUGGUCUGCAGCAGGCUGUACACACUGUACACUCUACAAAUGGGUCCACAGCCUUGGCUUUAUUCAAUUGGGAUGAUCCACCACCCAAUCCCAACCCAAUAUUUUUCCGAAAGAAACGUAACGUCCUUCGCGUCUUGACUAUGUGCCAUGGGGAAGUGACCGACUCGGCACGAAAAUUUGGUGCAAUUCCAGCUUCAUGGGAGUACCCGUCUGAAACCAAAGUGUGCAGGAAUACAAUUGGCAACUUGCACACAGAAGAUGCUAUUCAUAUUGCAACUACAAUUAAUCCUUUAUGGUUGGACUCCAAGCAUGUUCUCCCCAGCUGGGUUCAUGCACUGUACAAGUCAAACCCUACGGAAACAUUUGUGUUCUAUUUCCUUACAGACAGAAUGAAUGAAAAGCAGCGAUGUAUAGUCCGAUGGAUGGUGCUUCAAUGGUUUCCCAAUGCAAAGGUUUACACAAUACCAAUACAGCUGCCAUCUGUGGACAUUUCUUCCAUCCCUAUAAAACAUGUUCCUACAUUCUCUCAAGUCCGGCUUCUCUUGCCCCAAAUGCUUCCCUGUGUGCAGCGAACUUUGUGGAUUGAUGUUGAUGCCAUGGUGAUAAAGCAACUUAGACCAAUUUGGGACACCUGGAAGGUCAUGCCAGAAUGUGGUAUAGUUGCCAGGAGCUUAUUGGCAAAGACAGACGUGGGAUCUAUGAUGGCAGCCCUGAAUGUAACAUCUCCCCAGCAGCUGUGGAAGAAAGCCAGCAAAGACAUGCCAGGAUUCGAUGCUGGAGUGAUGCUUCUAGACCUUGAUGCAUUGCGCGCCAGCCACUUCACAGAAAAGGUGGCAUCGUACUGGUCCUUUUCAAUUGGCGGAAAUGAUCAAAUUUCCUUGAAUAUGCAAUGCAAUGGGACCCAUGGCAACCUUGACUCAGUUUGGAAUGUAUUCAUGGACUCUCCAGACGACUAUGUGCACAACCGGACAAGAGAGUGGAGCAUUGUUCACUUUCAAGGCUUGAACAAGCCUUGGCUUGUAAAGAGUGAUUUGUUUCAUGGUAGAGUAUGGGCCAAAUACGCCCUUUCGCUUGUUGAUGCUCUCUAUGGACCAAUCCAAUUGCAGUAAUUAGCAGUGCUUGUAACUGUUUGUUGCACAAGUUCUUUCCAUGUUGCUCUUGUGGGAAAGAUCUCUUAUCCAAGCCGUCUGCAGAAGUUGCGUUGUUUUCCGGAAGUACUCACAAGCACUUGGCACAUGUUGUAGAGGCAAACUCUGAAAAAAUGCACUACAUGAACAACACACAGUCUUGUCUAAUCUUGGUCUAGUUUUGCCUGCAUUUUG